AUGAAAUUUCGUAUCCUCUUCACCUUCGCUUCCUUCUUCCUGGUCGCUCUAGCCUCCGUGCUGCCCGCGCCGCUCGAAAAUCAGAUAUGGAAACGGCAAAACAGUUGCCCUUCUCUCGAGGAGAUCUCCGACUUCUUAAAAGAAAAAGGGAUCGGUGAGAACACUGUCUUUUACGCCUACCCAGGAACAAUAGAACAAGCUUCGAAAUACGCAAAGUCGGAAUGCUCAAAAGACUUCACCUAUUUCAUGUCGGAUCCGAAAUGGGCGGAUUGGAUGGCCAAGUGCGCCAGUGACGCAGGGUCUAGAAAUGAUCUUUUCAGACGCACUCCCAAAGCGAUGGGGCAACUGACGAAGAAAUAUGCCUAUUUAAUCCUCCCCGACGGCAAGGACGCAAACGAAAGGUCGAUUUGGUGGGAGGAGGAAUACCCGGAAUUGCUGAAGAACAGAGUCGCAGUUCUAGGCGUCACUCCCACGGGGGACAACCCGGACGAUUGGGAGAUUUAUGAGUAUGAUCCGGCGAAAAAGGCCCCUCAUUGA